AAGGUUCGGUUUUUUUCUGACUUUCAUUCAUCUUAUGAUUAGUAUGACCGAGGGGCUGAGUUGUCAGCUUGACAGGAGUGGCUUAAGCGUGUUCAACUUCAAUAUGGCGCUUUCCCAUGGUUUUCCGCAGCCGGGAAAAGCGGCUCUUUGAUAUUACUAGAAUCAUGUGUUUAGAUUAUAAAAGUUGAAAAGGAAAAGGAAAAACCUCUGUCCUUCAAACUGACUGAUAUCAUCAUUUGGUUGUAAAAGACACCGAGCGAUUAAAUCGGCCGGUCAUUUGAUUACCUACACAAAUUCAUCAUGCUUCCACUAUCGCACAAGGAUUCCCGAGGCUUGGGAAGCAGAAUAAAGGAGAAGGUCCUUGGCUGGAAACGUCUGAUAUUCUCUGACAAGAACUCUCGAAAUUUAUUCCUGUUCUUGAUCUUGAACCUCUCAUUUGCUUUUGUUGAAUUAACCUAUGGCAUUUGGACCAAUAGCUUGGGUUUAAUAUCGGAUAGUUUUCACAUGUUCUUCGACUGUACAGGGUUGCUAGCUGGUCUAGCUGCCUCAGUCAUAACAAAAUGGCGAGCUAAUGAGAGGUUCUCAUAUGGAUACGUGAGGGCUGAAGUUCUUGCCGGCUUUGUCAAUGGGUUAUUCCUACUCUUCAUUGCAUUUUUCAUCAUGUCUGAAGCCGUUGAACGCGCCAUCGAGCCCCCUGAAGUGAAGCAUGAACGACUUUUUGUUGUCUCUGUACUAGGACUUCUGGUAAACCUUGUCGGAAUCUAUGCGUUUCAACAUGGACAUGGUCACAGCCAUGGAGGUGGAGGACAUGGGCAUGGGCAUUCUCAUUCCCACGGAGAGAAUCACAGUCAUUCCCACAACCAUGGCCACAGUCACGAGCACCAUGACAUUGAAAUAGAUGGAAAUUUGAGUGGUGGAAAUUCACAGAUUAUGAAAGGAGUAUUUCUUCACAUUUUGGCAGACACGCUCGGCUCUGUAGGUGUCAUUAUAUCAGCAGUAUUGAUGCAGAUGUUCGGUUGGAUGAUAGCAGAUCCGAUUUGCUCCAUGUUUAUCGCAGUUUUGAUAGCACUCAGCGUUCUGUCAUUGAUAUCAGAAUCUGUGACAAUUCUAAUGCAGAGACAGCCAGCAGCACUGGAUCAUGUGUUGCCACAGUGUUAUAACAAAGUAACUCAAUUAGCUGGAGUUUAUAGCGUGCAGGAACCGCACUUCUGGACUUUGUGCUCCGAUAUUUACGUUGGGUGCUUAAAAUUGGAAGUUGCUAGAACUGUGGAUCCUAAAUACGUCGUAGCUCAUACCCAGCUGAUAUUCCAGGCUGCUGGAGUCAGGCAGCUCACUAUUCAACUGGAUUAUGCACCUAUGUGAUCUAUGUUAGGAAAUGCCAAUGUUAUAAAUAAUUCAAAUUCAAACCAGAUAUAUGAUAACGCUCUUUCCGUGUGUGGAGCUUGUCAUAAAAAAGCGAGAAGCAUUGCUAUCGCACAGAAUUUAUUUGCCCUAUUCACAUUUUGCGGAUGGUCAGCCUUUAAUCGACAGAGUUAUAAACUUGGAUUUCAGGUAGUCUGAAGAUAUCACAAACCGAAUGUGAAUUAUCCUUCUUCAAAAACGUAUAGUGCAUAACAGAAAUAUCAACAAUUUUUACAGAAUUAGUUCUCAAUAACCAUUAAGCUCGGGAUUUACACUUGAAAAAAAUCAACUAGUCGAUGAUAUAAUGAUACUUCUCGAUUGUUCACAAGUAGGAUAUAAUUCCGCGGACGUUACACAAUAAAAUUUGGAGAAGUGAUUUAUCCAUGUAAAUAAUGAUACUCUGUCACUAUGGGGGGGCUUGAGAUUCGCAAGCAGAAUAGUCUCGUUAAAUAUUUUUACUUUUUUAAGAAUAUAUGUAUAUAAAUAUUAUACAUUAUAAAAUGGAACAUGGUUGUAUUGAACGUUUUUUUUGGCUACUUCGUCCGUGGUGCUAAGUUUAAUAUUGCGACGAGUAUGGCCUAAAGUAUAAAUAAAUUUCAGUUCAUUCUAUCAUCAUAUUAUUUCAUAAAACUUAGCACGCGUAAAAGACGAAUAAUAUUCUAUUACCAAAUCUAGUAAUAUCAGUAGACUAAGUGGACUGGAUGUGAAUAGACCAUCGUUGAUUAAAUCUUGCGAUUAUUGCCUAAUUAUAAAAUAACCAGGCCAGUCGAAAUGAAAAUAAAAAAAUUGGAAAUAGGAAAAAGUAAAGACUCUAAUGCGUAUUCACGGAUAGCGAUCAUUUUGUCUUUAUUGUGUAUUCAAUGCUUAGGAUCAAAGUUUAGAGUAAUUCAUAAUUAAUUUGAAUAAUCAUUCGUUCAAAAAAGAAGAAUCCCCGUAUAAUUUCGUCACAUAAAAUGAAAAUAGUAAAGUCAAAUAAAUAUCACCAGUGAAACAUUCACUAUAAUAAUAUCGAAACUAUGCGUUAAUCUACUUAAAGAAAAAAAAUAUUAGGUCAUCAUUAGAAGAAGUCAACUAACAUUCCAUUAUGGAGGCAAAUCAAUUGCGACAGCCUAGUAAAAUGUGCUGGUUUUUGCCUUUGUAGCUGCAGAAUCAUUGAGCGUACGUGUUUAUCAAAUAAAUAAUUGAUUUCCGUGCGCUGAAAACUUUAGAAUACAUAUUUUAAUGAUAUACACAUAAUAUAAUAUAUUUAUUUAAACCUACCCUCAUAUAGAUUCUCAUAUGUUAAAUUAUUGUCAAUACCUAUUGUUUAAAAGCAAUCGACAAAAAAACAAAGUAACUGAACAAAAAAAAUAAAUAAAUAAAAAGGAUGUAAUAGACCCUCAGUGUUUCAACAAUCUUUUUCAAAAUCUAGGAGUGCUAUUACAUACCCAUGAACUUGACACGAAUGACGGACAAAUUGAUAAUUAUUCAGGAUCGUGCAUUUAUACCGAUAUACCGACGAUGUUACAUUUUGUGCAAAUUUAUUUAGAUAUAAGUAUUUUAUUAUUAUCAUAUCAUCAUUAUUUUUAUUAUUUUUAUUAUUACCAAUGUCGUAGUAAAUGAUUCUGAUAUGUACUUAUAGGUAUAUGAUGUGUGGAUGGAAAUUUUGUAAAUAUUAAUAAUCUAAUAAAAGUGCUCAAAACAA